UCUUGCUUUCUUUUGUUGUCUGUUCAGAGAGAGAGAGAGAGAGAGUUAGUGCUUCUUGUUGUUAAUAAGCAGAGAGAGAGAGAGAGAGGCACUUCCAAAGGCAAAAGAUAAACCUGAACAGACUACUUUCUCAGACCCAUAAAUCCAAGAACAAACAACCCUUCAUCAACUGACUACAGACUACCACUAACUACAACUAUUUAGGAUUUUCUGUAAAAAGGCUGAACCAGUAAGCACAAAACUCGGGAGGCCCCUGCUAGCUAGCCUACAUUAUUCAUAAAGACCAAAAAGAUUGCUUAUGCGUGUGUACAACUGGAAAGAGAGUGAGAGACAGAGAGACAGAGACAUGGUGAGUGAGUAGUGCAUAAAGUUCAAGGGUUUAUAGGGGAAACUGAAGGGGCACCAGCAGGAGAACAACAAGAGAAAUUCAAACAGAGAAAGUUGGGCGAGAGAGAAUAAUGGAGGGGACUGGUGUUGGCUCAAGUAGCAAUUCUUGUCUCAUGGCUUUUGGAGAAAAUAAUAAUAAUGGGUUUUGUCCUAUUAUAAUGAUGCCUCCCAUGGCUUCUUCUCACCCUAAUCCCGACACUGCAAAUACCCUAUUUCUUCCUCUUCCUCUUCCCACCACUACUCAUCAAAACCUAAAUCGUGACAGCGCCGGCGGCGGUUCCUCUAUGAUGCUUGAACAACAUCAUGAUAACCAUAGCAACAAUAAUACGAGCACUGGAUAUUAUUUCAUGGAGAGUAGUAAUGAUGCUGCAGGCAGCCGCUCCUCCGCCAAGGCAAAGAUCAUGGCUCAUCCUCACUACCACCGUCUCUUGGCUGCUUAUGCUAAUUGCCAAAAGAUAGGAGCGCCGCCUGAAGUGGUUGCGAAACUAGAGGAAGCCUGCGCCUCCGCCGCUGCGAUGGGCCGCCACGGAACAAGCUCCGUCGGUGAAGAUCCGGCGCUGGACCAAUUCAUGGAGGCCUACUGUGAAAUGCUGGCAAAGUAUGAACAAGAACUCUCAAAACCCUUCAAAGAAGCCAUGCUUUUCCUCUCAAGAAUUGAGUGCCAGUUUAAGGCCCUCAGUCUAUCUUCAUCUGGUUCUGCUUGUGUCGACGCAAUGGAGAGAAACGGUUCGUCCGAAGAAGAGAUGGAUGUGAAUAAUAGCUUCAUCGACCCUCAGGCUGAAGACAGGGAACUGAAAGGCCAGCUUUUACGAAAGUACAGUGGAUAUUUGGGCAGCCUCAAGCAGGAAUUCAUGAAGAAAAGAAAGAAAGGGAAGCUGCCCAAAGAAGCCCGGCAGCAAUUACUCGACUGGUGGAGCAGGCACUACAAAUGGCCCUACCCAUCGGAAUCCCAGAAGCUGGCACUGGCUGAAUCGACAGGUCUGGACCAGAAGCAAAUAAACAACUGGUUCAUCAACCAAAGAAAACGGCACUGGAAACCGUCGGACGACAUGCAGUUUGUUGUGAUGGAUGCCACACACCCCCACUAUUACAUGGACAAUGUUCUUGGCAAUCCUUUUCCGAUGGAUAUCUCGCCGGCGCUUCUUUAAAUUAAAAGAUUAAAAACUAGGAGUCGUAACUAUGUGUGAGUAUGCAAGUGAAUUCCCUCCAACUGCCACUUGUGUGUCAUAUUGUUCUUACUUAUGGGUCGGAAUGUAAGCCACUGACUUCUAUAUUCAGACUAUGCUAGUAAUAUAUAACCUGCUGGCCUGGAUUUAUUUCUUAGU